CCUAGUGGGUAAAGGAGGCGGUGCAGUACGGACAUGCAGCUUCGCGCUGGGACUGGCUCUUUCGCAGCCAUUUUCUGUCCAACCACACGGCCGUUUGGAGAAGGUAACCAACCAGGGCUUCAUUGCAGAUGGACGGCGACAGUACCACCACCGAUACCUCACAGUUAGGUAUAACUGGUGAAUACAUGGCUGGAGGACACUAUGUGCUUCAAGCUCCAGAUGACGAUGGUGAUGAUAGUCUGCACGACCAUGAAGAUGGCAAUGGUUGUAAAGACAAUCUUAGAGAGCAGGAUAUUUAUCUCCCCAUUGCUAAUGUAGCGCGCAUAAUGAAAAACGCCAUCCCACAGACUGGAAAGAUAGCUAAAGAUGCCAAAGAAUGUGUACAGGAGUGCGUGAGCGAGUUCAUCAGCUUCAUCACGUCAGAAGCCAGUGAGCGAUGUCAUCAGGAAAAACGUAAAACCAUCAACGGAGAGGACAUCCUGUUCGCCAUGUCCACGCUUGGUUUCGACAUGUACGUGGAGCCUCUCAAGCUCUACCUGCAGAAGUUCAGAGAGGCAAUGAAAGGUGAGAAGGGCAUUGCAGUGCCAGUUUCAGAAGGCCUGGGAGAGGAACUGGCUGACGACAGUUUCUCAAAUCCGUUGUCUGGAGGAUUAAUCUCACCUGACGGCCAGCAGCAGAAUGUCAUGGUGUACACCACCUCGUACCAACAGCUCCCUGGUGUUCAGCAAAUCCAGUUCUCAUGACCUGGUUCAGCUCUAGACCAUGCAGGUUCUGACUGUUCCGAAGGACAGGUUGGUCUCUCACCUUGAGAAGAUUUACUUGCACGCCGCUUUGGAAGAUGGAGAGAUGAUGGAUUAUGAGCAGGGAGAGAACCACCCGCUGGCAGAGAGCCUGAAUUUGUACAUUUUCUUAGUGAUGUCUGUAAUUCACGCAGUAGUCAUUUGUUACCAUUAUAAUUUUAAAGUCUGUUGGGUAAUUUCCUCCGACUGAAGACUGCCACCAGUUUUUUGUGAAUUUUCUGUCCCUUUUAUUUGUUAGGAGUUUUUAAAGUGUGGGAAGUGUGGUGGGGGUGGGGAAGGGCAAUAUCAAGCUUACAUACAAUAAAGGGAUUUUCAUUUGAUUUCUAUUUGAAUCAAGAUUAAUAACUUAAUGUCAGUUGUCAAUUUCAUGUUGAUUCUUUGAAUAAAAACAUGAAGGAGAAA